AUGAACAAGGAUACAUUCAACAGAAAACGUGUCAAGUGUCCACCAGGGUUGGCCAGUAGAGUGGGUAGGGAUAUUUUCAUCGGCCACCAGGGUUGGACAUCCGAUCUGACAGGAAAAAGCAAUGAAUACUUAUCCGAGCUGAGAACGGAAAUGGUGGUGGCCACCAGGGUUGGACAUCCGACAUCAGAGGACAAAGUUAAAAGAUCUUUGCUGACCUGGCGUGGAAUUAGCGGUGUCCACUGGUCCAAAGUAGUCGAAAGAAUGUUAACUACGAAGACAGAAGUUGGAGGAGUUGUGAAACUGGAGACGCUCAGGAACAGUUCCGACUCUCCCAUGUUCCUUACUUGGCCAGCUGAUCGUUUUGAUGAAACCUGGAGUAUGAUUACAAACGCAUAUGAGACUGAGCUGGCAUUGAAGAUAUAUAUCAAGGAGAAUGUGGCUCACACAACAACAGAGGCUAACCUCAUGUUCCUCCUGGCUGCGUGGGCACAUCAACCGUAUGUGGAGACAAGUGUAGACGUAGCACUAGAGGCUCUGCUCAAGGAAACGGGUCACAGAUAAUGCAUGAUCAGAGAGUUGUUCACUUUGUAAAUACAAACUGUACAUUAUACUGUAUAAUACAA